UGAAAUUUAACCACCAGCUCGUCCCCCCGAGAAAAGUAAAAAGCAUGGAUCACUGUGACAUUGUGUUUAUUCAUGCAGGUCCUGCUGCUGCUGUCAUUUACUAUUAUACACAGUUGUUCCAGUCCCACUGCUUGUAUAGCCCUCAUUCCAUUCAAGUCCCUGUCCGAGAACUCGGACGAAAUCUCUUGCAUAUUCUUGAUUCACAAGACACCAAGAAGUUGGCUGUCCAUUUUCCGACUCCACUGGGUGCCGCACAAAUGAAUGGCUUGAUAUCUUUUCUUAGAUCACGCCGAACCACAAUACAUCUCGCGUUACUAUCACUCACAGUCACACCGUAUCAGCAACAUUUAUGGGCUGGUUGGGCGGCUUCACUUAUCAAGCGGGCUGAUAAAGAUGCCACCUUACGCUCUUGGGUCGAUCGAUGUUCGAAUGACCGCGAAUUUGGUCCCUUGUCCGUAGAGACUUCAUUAUUUGACUACCAUGAAACUUCACCACCUACCACGCAACGCGAAUCCAUCAUAUGCAUCUCCAGAUAUCAAUUUAAGAAAAAGGCAUUACUGAUCCAUAUUACGCCAAACCUAUCAGCAUUUACAUUGGAUCAGGGCUUAGUACUGGAUCAAAAUGUUUGCAAUAUGAUUCAGGCAUAUGUGGAAACGGAAGCUUUUCCUCAACUGAUUUUACUUGGCGAUGAGAAGGUCAUAUUUGGGAAAAUACCGAAUUAUACUACUCUCUCCGAAGACGAGCAACAACAGGCUAUACAGCAACGUAGAGAGCAGAUUAAAUUGUCGUUACAACGCUUAGCCUCUGAAAUCCCUAUGUAUUUAUGUUGUAGGGAUUACACUGAGGUCGUGGAUUCUCGGUUCAAAAGUAGUUUAACUCGGAUGUUGGCUUGGGUGCAACACCGUCAUCAAUUAGCACUUAGUCGAUGUAUUUUGGCCGAAUGGGCACCAGAGACGUUAGAAGAUUGCACACCCGCGUACGUGCAGGAUAUGCAUCGCAUAUCACUGAGAGAUUCCAGCUAUUUCCGCUUAAACAAGUGGAAAGUAGAGAUGGAAAAAUGGUUGAGUAAAAUUGACAAACAGCCCAAAUACGAUAAAAUGACAUGCAUUCCACCCGAAAGUUUAAAAAUUUCAGGGAGUUUACCAUCUUUUGAGAUACCAUUGUUAGAAGAACGACCCUACGAACUAGUUAAUAUCGAAGAGUUUGGAAAUUCCAUUGUCCACGGAUUGUUCUGUGCGACGACAGAAACGCUCGAAGCCUGGUCAACAAAAGCAAAACAAGAUGAUGAGGACAUGAUGGAUAUUCAAAUGCAGUCACCAGAAGAAAGCACUUUGAUCCGUUCCAACGAUGACCUUCGCGUUACUGUCGCUAAUAGGAUGACCAACGAAAGUAUUCAACAUUAUAUUGGCAAUAUCGGCGCGUUCAAACGGGGUGAAGAUUUGAUAUCAACAGUGUCAUCCGUCAACAUGAACGUCGAAGACGACCGCCUCUUGCUUUCUGGAAGAGCAAAGGGCACAAGCCAAGAACCAUAUAGCCUUCGUAUAACUUUGAAGGCAUCAGCAACUGAUUUGAUUUAUGAGAAUGGCUUUUGUUCGUGUUACGUUGGAAAAGAGGGCCGUUGCAAACAUAUAGUGGGACUUCUACUGUGGUAUAAGAAUGAGUCUGCCAAGCUUAGCCAACGCACACUGCCUUUUUCACAGGGUCCGUCCAAAUCCGGUACGAUAGAAACUAGUUCAGUAACGAGCGAUGCUGAAAAAGAUGUUGCCAUGCUGGAAUCAACGCCGACUUCUAUCGUAUCACCUACUGCGAUAGAGAACCAAGCUUUACCGCAUCCCUCGCCGCCAAUGCGGAGAAGAGUUCCAAGGGUCCUUCCCCCAAGCUCGUCACAACAGGUGGAAGAAAAGAAAAAAAGCACUUCCAGAAAGCGAAAGCAUGAAAGCACUGUUUCGGAUGCUGCACCAAAAGAAGAGACAGAAGCGCAGACGUCAAAUGGGCAGGGAACGAGCAGGCGGGCAGUUUCAAAGGGAAAAGGUCGAGCGCCAGUCACAAGUAGAGUAGAAAGCAAGGCGAAAGCAUCGAAUAACCCUGCAUCCAGUCGAGUACCUAGUGUGCUCAAUAGCGACAGUGAUAUUGACGAAGAUGAUGUUCUACGAUAUGCUCCGGCCACGCCUAAAUUGGACAUGUCGCCAAAAUUGCAACCAUUGCAUCUCGACACGAAACAAGAGGUUGCGGAUGAGCCUGUCGCCACAACCAGCAUUUCGAAACCACCUCCAAAUACACCGAAACCGCUACCUAAUUUUCCUCGAUCACCAAUCAAGAGGUUGGCAAGUUUGGAAGACGAUGGCACUGAUGAUGAAGCUGAGGUAACCAGCAAGUCCACAACAGCCAAUGAUAGCAUUGACAUGAAAAGGUCACUGUUUCAAGCACCUAGUGAACGGUCGUCCACACCUGAUGAAAAAGCACAAGGCCUCGAUCGACCCAAGAAGAAGAAAAGGUUGCAAAGUAUGCUUGAUGAUCUUUUAUCUUUAUAGACCAAACUUUUUGUUUUUGUAAUGUAUGGGUAAUUGGAAAGUAAUCAACAUGAAAACUUGUAUAAAUGAAAGAAGGGAUUUU